CUAAAAAAUCAUGAUACAGGGAUUUUUAGUUAUACUCAACACAUUUUUCCUUUAGAAACCGGAUUGGUUGUUACAGAUGCCAUGAAUGAUAUAAAUUGAGCUCGCAGUUGGAAGAAAUCUAAAGGAUCAAGCAUCCCUGAGUUUCAAACAGAAACUUGCACUGAAUACAUUCAAAGAACCAUCAAGAAAUGGGGACCUGGAUUUUAUUUGCCUGCCUCCUGGGAGCAGCUUUUGCCAUGCCUCUACCACCUCAUCCUGGGCACCCUGGUUAUAUCAACUUCAGCUAUGAGAACUCACAUUCUCAGGCUAUCAAUGUUGACAGGACUGCAUUAGUGCUUACCCCUUUGAAGUGGUACCAGAGCAUAAGGCCACCGUACCCUUCCUAUGGUUACGAGCCCAUGGGUGGAUGGCUGCACCACCAAAUCAUCCCCGUGCUGUCCCAACAGCACCCCCCGACUCACACCCUGCAGCCUCAUCACCACAUCCCAGUGGUGCCAGCUCAGCAGCCCGUGAUCCCCCAGCAACCAAUGAUGCCCGUUCCUGGCCAACACUCCAUGACUCCAACCCAACACCACCAGCCAAACCUCCUUCCGCCCGCCCAGCAGCCCUACCAGCCCCAGCCUGUUCAGCCACAGCCUCACCAGCCCAUGCAGCCCCAGCCACCUGUGCACCCCAUGCAGCCCCUGCCGCCACAGCCACCUCUGCCUCCGAUGUUCCCCAUGCAGCCCCUGCCUCCCAUGCUUCCUGAUCUGACUCUGGAAGCUUGGCCAUCAACAGACAAGACCAAGCGGGAGGAAGUGGACUAAAAGAUCAGAAGAUGAGAGGGGAAUGAAUACUUCAGAUGCUUUCAGGAAUGACACAAGAACACAAUGAUUUUUGCUUAUAAUCACUUUACUUAGCAAAUUCUGUAACUAAAAAAGUACCAUUAGCAGACAAUAAAAUGCAUUAAAAAUCA